UUAAGGUAGGAGCUGUGGGAGGUAUUUUCAUGUCUGAAACGUAGAAAAAUGUUUUGUAAAUAUCUGACAUUGCAUAUCCUAACAAUCAGUGUCAUAAACUGUCUGUUUCUACAAUGUGGAGCAGAAGUAGACGCAAAAUACAACUAUGAUGAUUGGAAGCCACAUUUUUUCACGCCAAGACCACCUCGUUGGAAACAGUUUACAGUUCCACCCCACCUAACAGGCAAUUUUGACGGUUCUCCGAAUAUAAUAAUAAUUGUCGUCGUUAUUUUUAUUUUUAUGGUUAUUGCUAUUAUUGGCACUAUCCUUUAUCACCAGAACUGCUGCACAGUUGAAGAAGAAACAACUUCAUCGCUGAGUACUACUAUAGUGCAUCCUCCUCCAAGAUCAGAGACCUCUCGUCUAGCGUCCUCCAGCCAAAGGAAUAACAACCGAGGUUUUACAUCCCCCAGAAGCAGCAGUAAUUCAUUUAUCUUAUCACCGGAGGAAACACAGCAUGUUAUUACUUUUGCAACAGUUCAUGAAAACCCAGAUCCACCUCCAAGGACAAAUUCGAUGGAUGAUCCACCUGAUUAUGCUUCAGUCGUCACCAGCGAUUUAACCAACUCUACAGCAAUAAAAUACCCGGUUGUUAAGCUUGAACCAGUUGUUGACAGUUCUCCUCCACCAAAAUACGAUGAUUAUAAGUCAUUGGAAUAACAACGAUCUGCUAAUAAUUUACCCAUUUGACUCGUCCGUUUUUAAUUCAAAUCGCUGAAGGCGCCACAAGUGUGAUAAUCACAGUGUCAAACUGAAUUAACGCAAAUAUUGAUGCCAAAUGAAUAACUUAAGAAUUUCUGCUCUUGCUUAAUAUUAAUUAAGCAACAAAAUUAUAAUCUAUACAACAUCUGACAAUAAAGUUCCGUGAAUAGUUCUAUAACAUUAAGGUAAAUGAAAUAUUAACGAAAGUUAUCUGACUGUCCUUCGAAAUAGUGACCUCCCACAACUAUGCCCCGAUGAGAUCUGCUAUACAUGUCUAAGAAACUUUGCAAGUCUUAUUUUAGGAUGGAGUUCAAAAGGAGCCUCGUCACGUUUCGUUGAAAGUCAGGAAUAUCAUCAAAUCUCUUUUCUUUCAAAGCGAGUUUGAGUCGCGGAAAUAGGAAGAAGUCUGGAGGAUUAUGAUCUGGCGAGUAUGGCGGAUGCGUCUUUCGGUGUCGGUCCUCAUUUAAUACAAAACUUUAUAUGAAGUUAAUACAACACUUUAACUAAUUGUUCAUUUAUUUUCCUGUUCUCAGUUAAAACCCAACGCACAGAACAAGCACUUUCUAAAACAAGACUUAUAUGGAACGCAAACGACGCUCAACUAAACAACGGAGGGGGGGGGGGGCGGUGCCGCAUUUUGCUUCACCAGUGUUGCUAGUUCAGCCAUUUUGACUUCAUUCACCGAACUUUACUGUCAGAGGUCGUAUACAUAUACUGCACCACUCGCAAAAAUUCACAUUUUUUACAAAUUGCUAUGUCUGCCACUGCAUAUCUGCGAUAUUUUUAUUGUUGUUUUUUAAAGCUAAAGGCGAAAUACGAUAAAGAAGAAACUUGACUUUUAAGGCAAAAUUCCGAUCAUAAAGGAUUGAAAAGUAUCAUGAAUUUGUGCCCUGUAUAGGUUUCAAUUUGUAACAUACUAAUUGAAUGAAUGAUUAAAAAUGAGUAAACUGCAUCAUGAUAAAUUGAAGAACAAGUUUUGAGCAAGUUGAAUCAUCCUAAUUUUGAAUGUGAUUAGAAAUCGAUAAACUGAAUGAUACUAAUCAGCAAUAGAGCACAGUUUUUACAUUAGUAAGAAGCAUAGUUCUAUACUCAGCACCUGGAAAAAGGCAAUCUGAAGUGUCUUUUUACUUUAAAAAUGCUUCUAGUAAAAAAAACACACACACACACGAACAGUAUUAUAUUAUUACUUGUAAGCAGCAUGAUAUAAAUCCCUUAUUUAAGACGCAAUAAAAUUAAUUAAGAUUCUAUUAAGGACAGUUUAUGUUACGCAAUAUUAAGAUUGUGUGUCGAUAAGUGAAUGUAUAUUAACCACCAUUUCUUAGUCCUACAAAAAUGCAGUCCCUAACAAACAAUUGCAAGAUGGGUGUGAUUUUUUAAAAAAAAAGCUUAUUAGACGGUUAUACCUUUUAAUUUUUUAUAGUUUACUUAUUUAUUUAUAGAUAUUACGUACCCGAUUUUGUUUUUUGAAAUGUAUAAUAAUUCAUGUAUAUGUUAAUUAGAAAACAUGUAAUGAAUAAAUCGCAUAUAU